CUGAAAAUGAACGACAUUUUCAUCGACGAUUUAUUCCCAAAUUUCGGAGAAAAUUUGUGGAAUAAAUAAAAUUUCAAAUUUGAAAUUUCUUUGUUUCAUUUUCAUUUCAUUUGUGGCAGCACUGUAUAUUUUUUCGGUCCAAAAAGUGUACUUCGUUGUGAGGUACACUUUGAGGUGAUGUUUAUUUUGUUUGUGUUUUAUUUUAUUUUUGUUGUGAUACUGAAGCGAUUAGUAAAUUUGAGUUGAUGUUGAAACGACAAUGAGAAGAUUUAUUUGAAAUUCAAUUUGAAGCCCGACCUAUCGAACUCAUCCAAGCAUGUCAGAAGACCCAGAAAUUCCAUCUCGAGGCCAGUCGUCGAACACAGACGCUGAUAAUGAAUCCGGCGAUCCAUUUUCAGUGUUUUCUCAAAUGGAAGACGUCUACGAAAAGUUGAAGCUGCUGAACCACGAGAAGGAAUUCAUUAAAGAAUACAAAUUGCGCCCUUUGAACAGGCAUUAUUUCGCUCUACAAACCAAUCCCGGAGAGCAAUUUUAUGCAUUUUCUUUACUGGCAGCUUGGCUGAUUCGUAAAUGUGGCACGAUAAUCGACACACCUCAAGAAUACGACGAUCCUAAUUCAACUAUCGCUGUUAUAUUGGAUGCUGCUCGUAAAGAGGGAAUUCCAGUUGACUUCUCUCCUGGCAAAUUGAAACAAGGGUAUGGAAAAUUUGUCGUUAUGCUCCUGAAUCAAUUAGUCGAUAGAGUACUUGAAAAGACGAAAUUCAAGUUCAAAAAACUGUUCCCUCCGGUCGAGGUAGCCGACGAAGAAACCAUCGUAGAAGACGAUUCGGAAUUACUUUUGGAACGAAUUGAAGAGGAAAUGGUUGCCGAAGAAAUGGAUUCCGAAGACGACGAAGAUAUACUUUUCAACGUCGACGAUCUGACUAAACUUAAUUCUCAUUCGCGUAAAGCUGACGAAGUGCUACAGACGAAUAUAACCAACGACGAAUGGCAAUUAGAAGUAGAAAGGGUUUUACCAUCUUUGAAAUUGACUAUUAAGACUGAUAAUAAAGAUUGGCGUGGUCAUCUAGAGCAAAUCAAAACGUAUCGGACGACGAUCAACGAAUCGAUGACGUCGGUGAAAUCUCGUCUGGAAAAAUUAUCCAGGGAUAUUUCCGAAAACAUGGAGAAAAUCACGAGUCGCGAGAAAUUCCUCAAUUCAAACUUGGAUUCGUUGUUGAGCGAAUAUCGUACCGUUCGAGAUGAAUACUUCAAAGUGAACGCUCAAUUUCGUGACUUGAACUCCGGUGUUAUGGAAAGGCAACGUAAGUUGACUCGAGUCAGCGAAGAAUUGGAAGCUUUGAAGCAAGAAGUUGAGGAACGUGGAACUGUUAUGACCGAUGGAACUCCGUUGAUCAAUAUCAAAAAAGCUCUAUCCAUUUUGAAAGAAGAUGUCGCCAAUAUGAAUGUACAAAUUGGUGUUUUACAGCAUGAUAUUCUCCAUUCCAAACUACAAGAGAAAUUAUUGAUGCUUCAGAAAGUACAAUCGCAAGUCUACGCGUGAUGAAAAAUUCGAAAAACCUGGAAAAAAUGUAAAGAAAAUGAGAAAAAUUAAAAAAUAUAUUCUUAUUCAUAAUUUCGUA